AUGGAACGGCAAUCGGAGAGACGGAGGGAGGGGUCCCAGGAACCUGCGGCCUCGGAUUCCGAUCUGAGGUACACGGGGGGUCAAUUCGAAGAAGCCGAUACCGAGCGCGGUGUCAGCUUCAGCGAAUUGGCAGAUACGACCCUAUCCAGUUGGUCUCAUCCGGAGGACAACGGCUCUUGCGGCGGCCUCAAUGACGAGCCCAUGGUGGAUAAAGCAUCAGGCCCCGAAUCGUUAACGGACUCCUCCACCCAAUCACAGGAGUGGAAGAACCCGCUUGAUGUCGGUGAUGGCGACCUUACCGCGGCGAACCAGACCGACCCAUGGCGUCCUUUCCCACGAUGGGCUCCGACGACUUCUACAUAUGCCAAGCAGGUGGCCUUUAGGUUUGCCAUGCGAGUGUUUGACGCGCUAUUUACAUCCCCUGCAAAGGUCUCGGAAGGCACAGCUGCUCCGAGUGAGCAGACCGAUCCUGGACAUGCAUCAAUGCCAGGAUAUUCGCCAGCAGCAUGCCCAGCCAACUGGACACGGCCGCCGCAAGAUAUCCGGACGGAGGAAGAACUGCCAGUUGCCCAGAAUGCUGAGAACAUGGCCGAGGUCCAAACGGUUUGCUCGGACCAAAGCUCUGUCGACACAAACCGCUCUCAAGACUAUGUCUGGGAGUUUACCCGCCAUCUCUACCAGCGAAUCCGGCCCCUACUCACGGACGAUACCGUGUCAUCUGCACUAGACUUGCUACCCGACCUGCUGUCAGCGUUUGCUCUGCAAAAGGGCCAGGAGUCUCAGGCUCAAAUAAACCAGGACAUUCGGUACUUUGUCUACAAGCAUCGGCUCAUAAUAGCACAGUUGUUGGGGGCUUUUUACGAGAUCGAGAGACCCCCAAUCGCAAAUCCCAUAUCGGGCACAAGUCCCAUGUCGGUGACCGAAAGAAUCGGUUUGAUAUGGAAUAAAGCAUCACAAAAAGGCAACUCGUCAGCCACUGAGGAGUGCCCAGAUCCUGUCGUUGAUGCUGAUGGCGAAGGCGACUUGCCCAGGGACUUUUCCCAGUAUCGGGAAGCAAUUACAGCUGGCCCGGCUUUCCAAUGGCUUGUUGAAGAAUUCAAGAGAGAGCUCAGUCCAUCCUCAACUGGCCUACAUACCAUGGAGCGGAUAUCCAGCGAUAUCUUGAAGGGGUUGUCUAAAGACCAGAAGAUUGGCAAGCGGCAUCCCUCGAAACUAUCGAAGCUGACAUUUGAUGUAGCAUGCGACAUCUUCGCAUACAUGGAGGAACAGGGAUAUGUAAUGGAUGCUGAUGAGGCCCUACCCAGAGCAAUUACGUUGACGGGUUCCAGCACCAACGCUCAAGCACUCACUAUCAGGCAAUACGUGUGUCAGACCUGGCCAACGAUCAAAUGCCAUCUGGUGCAGGCUAUCCAAGCCGCUUUACGGGUAUACAAGGCUUCUGGAUAUGAUGCCUCGAAACCGUUCCAAAACUCUUCCAAAUGUAUUGUUGAAGGUGUCGGGACGGAGUUCAGAGUCUCCAUUGGCGAGAAGAUGAUGAACGUUGAAGCGGUUGGAACCGCUCGAUCGCUCGCAGAUAUUGGCGAGCAGCUUGGAUGGCUGGCCACAACUCUCAGCUCCUCCCAUCGGGAGCGCGUAAUUUCGUUCUGUCAUCCAGAAAUCAGCGGAUUCAGUGCGCAUCUGAAAGAGGACGGCUUCGACAGCAUUUUCAUCUGCAGAAUCAACACUGAAACAGAACAAUUGUGGGACAACCCACCCGAUAUCAACGGCCAAUGCUGGUAUCAUCUCUUCAACAACCCAGUCGUUGUUACCGGCUACCCGACCAAGCCAAGAAUUGGUUCCAUGGUUGAAGCCGGAUUGGAGUUGCCCUUGGAUAUGAUGGCAACUUUGUCAGAGUGCCAAUUCCUGACGACAUGGGAAGGAAGGACGGUGAUCAAGGGUUUCUCGACUAUGCUAAUCCCCACAAAGGCGCAAGAUAACAUCAUCUCUUGGCACUUACUCGUUGCCGAAGCCGACAAACGGCUGUCAUACGCAGACGUUCGGGUUCAAAAGGGCAUCUCGAUUGCGCCGGAAAGACUCUCAAACUCCCGCCACGUCCUGGGAUGGUGCGUGGAGGCUCAAAACGACAUAGGGUCUCCCAAUGCAAACUACAAUAUUGGAUGGUCCGGCCUCCCGCUGGCUGAAAACGACGUUUCCUGGGGACCUGUUACGACCAGCCUCGGAGUCGGGGGCUUUUUCAAGCUCAGCUCGGAUUUCGAAAGAGGCAACAGGGAGCGAAUCAUCUCUAGCUUUACCGACACUCACUAUGGAUUUCUCGUUCGACACAUUGGGCAGCAACAUUUCCUGCUAUGGGACGUCGGUGAAGUGCACGGCUACCUUGACGAUGGCUCCAGAGUGCACCUUCACCUCGUCAGAGCUUCAUUAUGGGAAGACCACAGAGAAAACCCAAACAGCUAUUAUAAUGAUCAGAUCAGAAAACUCGACAACUUGGCUCUUCAGAAGCAAGAUGCGGCCGGUGUUUUAUUGGACGCUGGAAACCUAGACGCCGAAGCCGAGCGAAGAGACCCAGCAUACUCCAGCCUGAACACGAGGAUGCAACGCAUUGGGUUUCUUAUGGAGAAAGCCAUUGACCAAGUGCAUAAGGCAACAAACAGUCAGAGCACCUUAGUGGGCAAGCCAGUUCGCUUUUUGGAAGGAUUCGACUUCAUGGACGUGGCUACCCUCAGAAACCUGCACCUUCGCAGGCUGAAAUUACCGUUUAGGGUACGAUCCCGCCAUGGGUGGACACAUAUUGUGCCGCAUCUUCCUGUAGUCACGCUCUUUGGCAAACAGUUCGGGGAGCUCAUCACGCCAGGGGCCAACAGCUUAACGAAGUCGUGCGAUAAAUGCGGAUCCGUGGAUAGACUACCUUCAGGGAGAUAUCUCUUGGCAGUGCCUGUCGACGUUCUGGAAGAGAUACUCAGGAUCCGCGGCAACAGGGACUCCCAUCCCUGGCAGCUGAUGAACGAUAUCUAUUGGCAGCCUGGAGAAAACAUCUUUGAGGACUGUAGGUGCACCGGCUCCGAUAGAGGUGGGAACAAAGACGGUCGCGUUCAGGUGAUUUAUGAGGGAAAGCCUGAGAGCACGUCAUUCUCGAAGUCAAUCAAGCUAGAGGAAAGGGGUGCAGUCAUUUUUGGUCACAGUUUCAGACUACCCUUCAGGUCGAGUCGCCCAGUUCUAUCACACGACGGAUCCUCUUCUUCGGACAUCACCAGUGCAUUGCAGAAGACAAACCAAGCUCCAGAUAUGACCGUCCCGGCAAAACAAGAUGAGAACUUCGGUACCGAUGAACCCCCGCUGUCUGACACCGCGAGCUUGACUACACGUAACACCGCCGGUUGGUCGAAAACAGAGAAAACAGAAGCAUCGGGCUCGAACAAUACUACUAUCGAACAGCGGAAUCAGGGAUUAGCGCCGCCUUGUGCACAGACGAGUAUCCCUCCUGCUUCUCCACCGCAGAUUGAGCCGACUGAGCCAACAAAAGCUCCUCCACCGCAGACUGAGCCAAGUAAGCCAACAAAAUCUCCUCGCAAAAGAUCAGCAAAGAGGAUGAAAGAGUUCUGCGCGUCGGUUUGGAAGAGGGUGAAAAUGACCAAAGGCCGUAAAAUGGAUCAGGGGUGA